AUCCUCACGUCUUAGUCCUCCCCAUCUUCACCCAGGGCUCGGUUCUCUGUCACCCUCCAUUUGCGCUCCACCUUUUGGCUGCUUGUUCUGGAUUUGCUCUUCGGGUCUCCUUCUCCCCUCCAGGUCGAUUUGUCUGUUUUGUCCCCAUUUGUAUACCUUUUUUACACCUGGUGCCCUGCUAUCAAUGGCGGAGGGUGUGCGCCCCGAGGACUACUGCGACGAGCCAGCGGAGGACGAGUUUGGAGAGAUCAUCAAGUGUCGAUCUGAUGAAAGAGAAGUCGUGCAGAAGAAGACUUUCACAAAAUGGGUAAACUCUCAGUUGUCUAAGACAGGUAAACCACCCGUGGAGGAUCUGUUCUCAGACCUGUGUGAUGGAAGACGCCUCCUGGAGCUGUUGGAGGGGCUGGCCGGACGUGAGCAGGUGAAGUUGGAGAGGGGGUUUUCACGCGUUCACUCGUUCAACAAUGUCAACCGCGCUCUGCAGAUCCUGCAGAAGAACAAUGUUGAAUUGGUGAACAUUGGAGCGGCGGACAUCGUUGAUGGGAAUCACAAACUGAUUCUCGGGCUCAUCUGGAGCAUCAUUCUCCACUGGCAGGUAAAGGAUGUGAUGAAAGAUGUGAUGGCGGGCCUAAAGCAGACCAACACUGAGAAGAUUCUGUUGAGUUGGGUUCGUGAGAACACGCGCCAGUAUCCUCAGGUCAAUGUGGUUAACUUCACCAGCAGCUGGAAUGAUGGAUUGGCCUUCAACGCCCUCAUCCACAGCCACAGACCUGAGCUUUUUGAUUGGAGCUCAGUGGAGAAGAAGACGUCUGCGAUCGACAGACUGGAACACGCAUUUAGUAAUGCAGAACAAAACCUGGGGAUAGACAGACUGCUGGACCCUGAAGAUGUGGCGCUGCCUCACCCUGAUAAGAAGAGUGUCAUCAUGUACGUGACAUCACUGUUCCAGGUGCUUCCCCAAAGCGUUUCCAUGGAAGCCAUCCAGGAGGUGGAGACACUGCCGCGGGGGCUGACCCCAGCCAGCGUUGCCCUCGUGACGACAGAGGAGCACUACCAGAUCCAGACCCAGCAGCGCUUCUCCCAGCAGAUCACAGUGAGUGUGGCUCAGGGCCGAGUGAGGAGUCCCUCCCCUCAGCCUCGCUAUAAAAGCUAUGCCUACACCCAGGCUGCAUAUGUCAAGUUGCCCGAGCAAAAGAGGAGGCGUGUUACUGAUCAGUUCCUCACUCCCGGCCAGGAGGAGCUCCAGCGGGGCCUCAGUCCUCUCCCUCCAGGCUCCACCAGCCUGGAGAGCUACCAGGCUGCACUGGAGGAGGUGUUGACAUGGCUGCUCUCGGCUGAAGACGGGCUCCAGGGACAGCCUCCCAUCUCCAGCAAUGUGGAGGAGGUGAAGGAGCAGUUUCACACUCAUGAGGGGUACAUGGUGGAGCUAACCACCCACCAAGGCAGUGUGGGCCGGGUCCUCCGGGCCGGUGCCGCCAUACUGGGGGAGGGGAACCUGAGUGAAGACGAGGACUCGGAGGUCAGGGAGCAGAUGAACCUCCUGAACUCCCGGUGGGAGCACCUGAGAGUGGCUAGCAUGGACAGACAGAGCAGACUCCACGAGGUCCUGAUGGAGCUGCAGCACGAGCAGUUGAAGCAGCUCACGGACUGGCUGGAUUUGACAGAGGCCCGAAUUAAGAGGAUGGGAGCUCAACCGUUGGGUCCCGACCUGGAGGAUGUCAAGCACCAGGUGGAAGAGCACAAGCUCCUUCAGGAGGACCUGGAGCUGGAGCAGGUGAGGGUGAACUCUCUGACCCACAUGGUGGUGGUGGUGGACGAGACCAGCGGAGACAGCGCCACUGCCGCUUUGGAGAGCAAACUUCAGGUGCUAGGCGACCGCUGGGCAGCCAUUUGUAGAUGGACGGAGGAACGCUGGAUUCUGCUUCAAGACAUUUUACUAAAAUGGCAGCACUUCACUAAUGAACAGUGUCUAUUUGACUCCUGGCUGACUCAGAAGGAGGAGCUGGUUCGCUCCAUUAAGACCUCCAACCUAAAGGACCAGGCAGAGAUGGUGACCUGCCUCCGCCGUGUUGCUACGGUGAAGGCGGACCUGGAGGUGAAGCGUCCCACGAUGGACAAGCUGUGCUCCAUGAGUCAGGACCUCCUGUCUAGCGUCAAGAACAAAGAAGUGGCUAGCAAGCUGGAGGCCCGACUGGACAGCUUCGCCCAGCGCUGGGACAAACUGAUCCAGAGUCUGGAGAUGAGCACUUCCCAGCUCUCGGCGGCGGUCAGCGCGGCCCAGCCGUGCGAGCUGACCCACUCGGUCACGACCACCGUCACCAAGCUGGUCUCCAGGGAGAAGGUGUCCGCUGCAGUGCGCCAGACCCGGGAGUCUCCGCCACCACAGAAGAAGAGACAAGUCGUGGUGGAUUCUGAGCUCAGGAAAAGGUUUGACGUGGACUUCACAGAGCUCCACAGCUACAUGACCCGCGGUGAAGCCAUCCUGCAGAGCCCCGAGUUCUCCGUGUCACGCAAGGAGGGCAGCAUUCAGGAGCUGCAUGACAAAGUGCAGGCGAUAGAACGAGAGCGGCCAGAGAAGUACCGGAAGCUCCAAGAAGCGAUGCGCACGGCGCAGACCCUGUUCGAGCAGGAGGGGAGUCGUGCCGAUGACAUCGCCCAGGCAGCGGAGCAGCUGAACCAGCGCUGGGUGGGGUUCUGCUCCCUGUUGGCAGACAGACUGGCGUGGCUGGCCUACCAGACCAAGGUGCUGGCCUUCUACAGCUUGUAUGAGCAGUGUGAGCAGGCGGUGGACAGCAGUGAGAACUGGCUCAAGGUCCAGGCGCCUCCGGCAUCGGAACCAGAACCACUCGCAGUCCAACUGGACCGAUGCCGGGAGGAGGUGGCUCGCCUGGCCUCCCUGCAGCCCCAAGUGGACCUUCUAGAGAAGCAGCUGAAUGCGCUGAAAGAGGAGAAGGAAGGGGAGGAGGACCCGUCGGCCUUCCUGGACGCCGACGUCCACGCCUUCAAAGAGCACUACAACGAUAUCCUCGAAGAUCUGAGGGCGAGAGAGAGGCAGUUACAACUCGUUUUGGAGAGCUUGCCCCCGGCUCGUUAUAGGGAAACCAUAUCCAUGCUGUUGGCAUGGUUACAACAGUGCGAGGCCAAGCUGGCCGUUCCAUCCACGGCCGUCACGGAGUAUCCAAUAAUGGAGCAGAGACAGAAGGACGUUCAGGCCCUCCAGGAGGCUCUGGCUGAACACCAAGGGGAGGUGGACUAUCUGACCUCAGCUGUAGAGCAGGUCUUCCAGAAAGCUCCACCAGACAUCAGCCAAAAGUAUCGCAACGAGAUGGAUUCCAUCAUGGCGCAUUGGAGACGACUUGGCACCACGCUGACGGACAACGGCCAGAGACUCCAAGAGCUCAUGGCCAAACUGAUGCAGUUUGAGAAUGAUGUGAAGACUUUGAAGAAGUGGAUGGCAGAUGUCGACGUGUUCCUGAACGAGGAGUGGCCAGCACUGGGAGACUCUGAAGCUCUGGAGAAACAGUUAGAGCAGUGCACGGCUCUGGUGAAUGACAUCCACACCAUCCAACCCAGCAUCAACGGCAUAAAUGAAGUGGGUCUGUACCUAAAGAAAGAGGCCGAGCCGCCGUUUGCCAUCCACAUCCAGAAAGAACUGGACGAGCUCAACGGCCAAUGGGAGAACGUCUGCAAACAGGCCUACGCUAAGAAGUCCGCACUGAAAGGUGGCCUUGAUAAGACCAUGGCUCUGAGGAAGGAGAUGCAGGAGAUGCAGGAGUGGAUCAACCAGGCGGAGGAAGACUACCUGGAGAGAGAUUUCACAUACAGGACACCAGAGGAGCUGCGCAAGGCCGUGGAAGAGCUCAAGAGGGCUCAGGAGGAGGUUCACUCCAAGGAGCUCAAGGUCAAACUCCUGACGGACAGCGUCAACAGUUUCAUCGCCAAGGCUCCGCCCACGGCCCAUGAUGCCCUGCGGUCUGAAUUGGAAGUCCUAACGGCGAACUACCAGCGCCUGUGUAGCCGCCUGGAUGGGAAAUGUAAAACUCUGGAGGAGGUGUGGGCAUGUUGGUGUGAGUUGCUCUCCUACCUGGAGCAGGAGAACACCUUCCUGGACCAGCUGGAGCAGAAGCUGGAGGAGACGGAGAACCUCCAAGGAGGAGCGGAGGAGCUGCAGGAGGCGCUGGAUAGUGUUGAGGUUCUUCUGCGGCACCCGGAGGACAACAGGAACCAGAUCCGGGAGCUGGCCCAGACGCUGACGGACGGAGGCGUUCUGGAUGAAAUAAUACAGCAAAAACUGGACGCCUUCAACACUCGAUGGGAUGAGCUCAUGGCGAGGGCGGCGCUCAGGCAGAAGGAGCUGGAGAAGAGCGUCCAGUGGGCCCAGGACAACGAUAAGAUGAGGCAGAUCCAGGACUCGCUGGCCAACACCGACCGCCACCUCAGCGCGUACCUGAACGACCACAUCGAUGCCCAGCAGAUACCCCAGGAGGCUCAGAAAAUCCAGUCGGAGCUGAGCAGCCAUGAAGCGACACUGGAGGACAUGGUGAAGAAGAACCAGGACAAGAAGCCGUCCCCGAGGGUCCUGGGACAGAUCGACCUCACCCAGAAAAUGCUGACGGUCGUGUUGACGAAGUUCCGGCUCUUCCAGAAGCCGGCCAACUACGAUGCCCGGCUGUCCGAAUGCGAGCGCCUGCUGGCUGGGGUCAAAAGCCAGGCGGGGGUGCUGGGUAUCCGCAGCGUGGAGCAGGACGUGGUGCAGUCGCAGCUGGACCAGUGCAUGAAGUUGUACAAGGUGCUGAGUGAAGUGAAAGGGGAGGUGGAGACGGUGAUAAAAACAGGCAGACAGAUCGUCCAGAGGCAGCAGACGGAGCAGCCCAAAAACCUGGACGACAGGGUGACCGCCCUCAAACUGCUCUUCAACCAGCUGGGCUCACAGGUGACUGAGAGUAAACUGGAGCUGGAGAAAAGUCUGAAGUUGUCCAGGAAGCUGCGCAAGGAGCUGAACGGGCUGACGGAGUGGCUCGCCGCCACUGACGCCGAGCUGACCAGGCGCUCCGCUGUGGACGGCAUGCCCAGCGACCUGGAGGCGGAGGUGGCAUGGGCGCAGUCCGUCCACGGGGAGACGAAGAAGCGGCAGCCUCAGCUGCAGGCCGUGGUGGAGCUGGCGGAGGCCCUGAAGGCGGUGCUGCGGGGCCACGGCGGCCUGGUGGACGACAAGGUCAGCCUGCUGCGCUGCAACUGGAUCGCGGUCACAUCCAGAGCAGAAGAAUGGCUCAACCUGCUGCUGGACUACCAGCAGCAGAUGCAGAAGUUGGAUGGAGAGAUAAAGGAAGUGAGCGAAUGGAUUGACGGAGCAGAGAAGAAGAUGGAGGAGAUGGAGAGCCAGGGGCCCAACAACGCUGUGCUGAAGGAGUUGCGUGCCGAGCUGGAGCUGACCCGGGGUCAGAUGGAGGAGGUGGGGGCUCUGGCGCAGGACCUCAUGUCCACCAGGGGGGAGAACUGCCAGGCCCAGGUGGGCCCCAGAGUGAAGCGGCUCAACCAGAGAUUCGACAUGGUCGCUCAGCGCAUCGCCUCCGGACAGACGGCAGCAUCCCCCAAGGAGCUGGAGCAAUACCUCAGUGAAGCUCAGCUGUGGCUGGAGCUCCUGGAGGAGGAGGUGAAGCAGGGGGAGAACCUCAAGGAGGAGGACUUCCAGGAGGACAAGGACUGUGAGGAAAGUGCAGUGAAGGAGUUACUGUUGAGGGGUGAGAACCUACAGAAGCGAGUCCCAGAUCAGGACCAGAGGGAGCAGAUCAGGCUGAAGCACAAGCAGCUGCACAGCAAGUACACCACCGUCAAGGACCUGCGCGUGCUGAGGAACAGGAAGGCGUUGGCCAUCGCUCCCCAGUGGUACCAGUACAGAAGGAAGUCACAUGACCUACUGGCCUGGCUGGACGACAUCCAACGCAGCGUGGACCAACUGCCUGACCCCCCCGAAGGAGAGAGGGUCAAGGAAAUUGGCACAGAGUUCAACAAGAAGAAGGAGGAGCUAAACGAGGUGCAGGGCUUAGCCAAUCAGCUGUCAGAAGCUGGAGCCGCCAAUCUAGUGGAGCCCCGCCAACUCCAGCUCAACGCGCGCUGGGUUGAGGUGGAGGGCAAGUUCGUACCCUUCAAGAAACAAUGUUUCCCUGAUCUGCCAAUCACUGAAGAUGACUACAUCACAGAGCUGCAGGCUCUGCUGCGCUCCGUGUCAGAAACAGACUUCAAGCUGAACUCUCCUGAAUUCUGGCCUGCAGCGUUUUACAAGCUGCCUCAGCAGGAGCUCUGCCUGAAGGAGGUGAAGGGGAACAUUGACGAGCUGCGAUGCCCGGUGGAGGGAGCGGUGGGCCGCAGAGCCGAGGCGGCGUCUAGGGCUCGGCCUCUGGAGGCUCAGAGGAUGCAGGAGACCGCCGCCCUCCUCCACACUAACUGGGACAAAGUGAACAAGCUCUACCACGACAGACUGAAGCGUUGGCAGGAUUGCAACUCCAAGUGGCAGAAGCUUGCGUGGGAUCAGAAGGCGAUGGAGGAGUGGCUGCACGACGCCGAGAGCACUUUGAGGCGGGCCGACAGCGAGCCGGCGGCACACGGGCAGCACCUCAGGGACCUGAUGGAGGCCAUCCCUCUCCAGGGAGUGGUGUUGUGCAGAGUGAGCUCAGCAGGAGAGGACAUCAGCCAGUUGAGCACACCAGACGACGCCUCGCGGCUCCGAACGCAGCUUAAGUUACUCAGCGCUCGCUGGGCUAACGUCUGCCAGCAGCUCAACGAACGCAAGAGGUCUGUGGAGGCGCGCACAGCCACAGCCGAGCUGCAGGAGAACAUGGGCUCCAUGCUGGUCUGGUUGGACCAAUCAGAGGGCGUCCUGGCCAUCGGCCUGCAGCCCGCUGAGCCGCAGCACAUCAGAGACACUCUGGGCAAAGUCCAGGCACACGUGGAGGAGCUUCCUGCCAAGAGGGCGGCAAUGGAGGAUCUGAACUUCAGAUACCAACAGAUAACACUUCCUGCUGAGAGACAGAAAGACAUGAGGAUCAUCAACACUCGCUGGGCUCAGGUGUCCAAGGCUCUGCCUGAGCGCCAGCUGGAGAUCGAGGGUCUGCUGAGGGAGCUGGAGAAGUUUCAACAUCAGCUGGACAUCCUUUCUGCCUGGGCGUCCAGCACGAGGCACAAGCUAGAGCACGCCCCCCCCGAGGAGCCGCCAGCGAGGCUCAUUGAGGAAGUGCAAGUAAAGCAUCCAGAGGUGGAGUUAGUGUUGAAAAGAACCGAUCAACUGUACAAGGACAGUCCUCACAGCCAACCGGACAAGAUGAAAAACAUCAAGCUGAGGGAGAACUGGACUGUGAUCCUGGAGCUGGUGCGGCAGCAUAAGGAGAGGAUGGCCGUCCUGCUCGUGGCCAAAAGAGCCAAUGAAAGUCUGACAGGGAGUUCCCUGCCUGAAUCUGCGGCACUUGCUCAGUUCAACAAGUCGUGGGCCGAGCUCACUGAUUGGCUGACCAUGCUGGAUAACAUGGUGCAGAACAAGCGCGUGGUGGUGGCCGACCUGGAAGACAUCGACGACAACAUCAGCAGGCUCAAGGUGUCUCUGCAGGAGCUGGACCAGCGGCGCCCCCUACUGGACAGACAGGUCACAGCAGCCCAGAACCUGAAAAACAAAACCAGCAACCAAGAGACCCGCAAUGCUAUCACUGAGCGCAUCGACAGGCUUCAGGCUCACUGGGAAGACUCCCAGACGAAACUCUACGACAGGACGAAGCAGCUCCACAAUAUGCAGCAGGACUCCACCAAUUGGCUGGAUGCCAAGAAGGGGGCGGAUCACCUCAUCAAGCGGGCCAGUGAGAGGAUGGAGUCCUGGCAGGAAGUCACUUACACCGUUGAAGCCUUAAAGAAACAAAACGCCGAGCUGAAGCUCUUUGCGAAGGAGCUGCAACAGUGGUACGGUCCGGUGGAGGAAACCAACGCGCUGGCGGACAAACUGCUGAUACUGUACGCCAAUGACGACACUCACAAGGUCACCCAGGUCAACGACAACAUGGUAGCCACCUGGACACACGUCAACCGACGUGUCUCGGACCGAGAGGCGGCUCUGGAGGCGGCUCUGAAGAUGCUGCAGCAGUCGUACCUCGACCUGGAGAAGUUUCUCAACUGGCUGACGGAGGCCGAGACCACCUGCAACGUUUUAAUAGACGCCACCAACAAAGAGAGAAUGCAGGAGCAGCCGGAGGCCGCCAAGAACCUGCUGGUCCAGUGGAAGGACCUGCAGGCAGAGAUCGACGGCCACACAGAGCUGUAUCACUCCCUGGAUGAGAACGGCCAGAGGAUCGUGACCUCGCUGGGCCACUCGGAGGACGGCGCUCUGCUCCGGAGACGUCUGGACAGCAUGAGCCAGCGCUGGGACGACCUGCGCAGCAAGACCCUCGGCAUGAGGACCCACCUGGACUCGGAGAUGGCCCCAUGGAAGAGGCUCCACAUGUCGCUGCAGGAGCUGCUGAACUGGCUGAGGCUGAAAGGUCAACAGCUGGAGAAGGAGCCGCCCGUUAGGGGUGAUGUCAUCGCCGUGCAGACACAGCUGGACACACACCGGGGCUUCAGGAGGGACCUGAGAGCUAAAGAGCCAGUUGUGACCAAGGCUCUGGACGAUGUGGGAGUGUUUCUGUCUGAGCUGCCCCGGGACACACCAUCACCUGAGCACAGGGAUAUCAGCCCAGAGGAGCGCGCCCAGAAUGUUGGUCGAGUCCUACGCAAAGAGGCCGAGGACGUGAUGACCAGGUGGGACCGGCUCAACGGAGACGCAGCCGACUGGCAGAGGAGGCUUGAGCUGGCUCUGGAUCGGCUGAUGGAGCUCCAGGAGGCGGAGGACCUGCUGGACGGCCAGCUGCGGCAGGCGGAGAUGGUGAAGGAGGCGUGGCAACCCGUUGGUGACUCCCUGAUGAUGGACUCCCUGCCAGAGCACAUUGAAAGAGUCAAGGAGUUUCAGGAAGAGAUCGCUCCGAUUAAGGAUGAUGUCAUUCACAUGAACCAGUUGGCGUCUACUUUCGGUCUGCCCGACAUCCAGCUGUCGCCUGGCAACCUGGACCGCAUUGAAGAUCUCAACACACGCUGGAGGCUGCUCCAGAUCUCCAUCAGUGAACAUCUAAAGCAGCUGACGGACGCUCACAGGGACUUUAGCCUUCUGCACGGAUCUAUAGCGAGCCCCUUCGAGCAGGGCGUCUCCCCAAACAAUGUGCCCUACUAUAUAAACCACCAGACCCAGACGACAUGCUGGGAUCAUCCCAAGAUGGCCGAGCUCUACCAGUCUCUGGCCGACCUGAACAAUGUUCGGUUCUCGGCCUACCGAACGGCCAUGAAGCUCCGGCGCCUGCAGAAGGCUCUCUGCUGUGAUUUAUUGCCACUACCUACUCUACUGUCCGCUCACUGCCGACAUUCAGCUGUCCUGCUCGACAUCCCCCUGCUGGCCACCUGUCUGACCAGCUUGUACCAGCGGCUGGAGCAGAGCCACUCGCACCUGGUCAACGUCCCGCUGUGCGUGGACAUGUGCCUCAACUGGCUGCUCAACGUCUACGACACUGGCCGCACCGGAAAGAUCCGAACUCUGUCAUUCAAAACUGGAAUCAUCUCACUCUGCAAGGCUCACCUGGAGGAUAAAUACAGAUUCUUGUUCAGGCAGGUUGCCAGUGCGACGGGCUUCUGCGACCAGCGCCGCCUGGGUCUCCUCCUCCACGACUCCAUCCAGAUCCCCCGGCAGCUCGGCGAGGUCGCCUCCUUCGGCGGCUCCAACAUCGAGCCCUCCGUCCGGAGCUGCUUCCAGUUUGCCAAUAACAAACCUGAGCUGGAAGCCGCCAUGUUCCUGGACUGGAUGCGCCUGGAGCCCCAGUCCAUGGUGUGGCUGCCCGUCCUGCACCGUGUCGCCGCCGCCGAGACCGCCAAGCACCAAGCCAAGUGUAACAUCUGCAAGGAGUGUCCCAUCAUAGGGUUCAGAUAUCGGAGUCUGAAACAUUUCAACUAUGACAUUUGCCAAAGCUGCUUUUUCUCCGGUCGCGUCGCCAAGGGACACAAGAUGCAGUAUCCCAUGGUCGAGUACUGCACUCCGACUACAUCGGGGGAGGAUGUCCGGGACUUUGCCAAGGUGCUGAAGAACAAAUUCAGGACUAAGCGCUACUUUGCCAAACACCCACGCAUGGGCUACCUGCCCGUCCAGACCAUCUUGGAAGGGGACAACAUGGAAACUCCCAUCACUCUGAUCAACUUCUGGCCCGUAGACCAUGCGCCUGGAUCGUCCCCUCAACUCUCGCAUGACGACACGCACACUCGGAUCGAGCACUACGCCAACCGGUUAGCAGAGAUGGAGACUCGUAAUGGCUCCUAUCUGAAUGACAGCAUCUCACCCAAUGAGAGCAUCGAUGAUGAGCACAUGUUGAUCCAGCACUACUGCCAGUCUCUGAACCAAGGCUCUCCUCUCAGCCAGCCCCGGAGCCCCGCCCAGAUCCUCAUCUCUAUGGAGACGGAGGAGAAGGGAGAGCUGGAGAGGGUCCUCAAUGACCUGGAACAAGAGAACAGGAAGCUGCAGUCCGAGUACGACCGGCUGAAGAAGGCCCACGACAGAAAGGGGCUGUCCCCGCUGCCGUCGCCCCCGGAGAUGCUCCCGGCGUCGCCGCAGAGUGCGCGCGACGCCGAGCUCAUCGCCGAGGCCAAACUGCUGCGGCAGCACAAAGGACGCCUGGAGGCCCGGAUGCAGAUCCUGGAGGACCACAACAAACAGCUGGAGUCCCAACUGCACCGGCUGAGGCAGCUGCUGGAGCAGACGGAUUCCAAGGUGAACGGCACAGCACUGUCAUCUCCUUCCACCUCCUCUCAACGCUCCGACUCCUCCCUCCCGCUGCUCCGCGUGGCUGCCAGCCAGACUACUGAUACAAUGGGCGAUGACGAGCUGUCCAGCCCCUCCCAAGAUGCAUCUGGGUUGGAGGAAGUGAUGGAACAGCUCAAUAAUUCGUUUCCUCAUAGCCAGGGUCCCAGUAUUGGCAGUUUGUUCCACAUGGCCGAUGAUCUGGGCCGUGCAAUGGAAUCAUUGGUCAGCGUGAUGACGGACGAGCAGCACGAGGCCCCGCCCUUCUGACCCCCUCCCUCCCCACCCCUUCAUGCCCGGCGUCCCCACUCUCCCCCCCCCCCUCCUUUCCUCCCUAACGCAUGCUUUUCUAGUCAUAUCAACUGGAUUGGAAACACAGUUUUCAAAGAGAAUAUAUAAACGUCUAUUUUUGUGAAGGAUUGCGGUUCCAGCAAUGAUGCGUAAAAACAACAACAAAACAUGUAGAUUUUAGUAGUUUCUUAAAACGUCCUGAAGUUGUUUUAUUAAUAACAGAGGCUGAUUUUUAAACUUCUAUGCAAUGUAUAAAACAAUUAUGGGAUGGGGGGGGGGGGGGCGGAGGCGGAGCCAAGAGAGAUGCGAUGCAAAUAAGUGUGUUCAGUGUGGUCGAAUAUUUGCCAUCUCUUUGUAACCGCGGGAACAGCGAAAGCAUUUCAGACAUUUGUAUCAGAAAAAAAGAAUGAUUGUUAUCAUAAGGGUGCUUUCUAAGAGGAAAAUGUAUUUCUAUAACAGCGUACACCACUGUCAAGGUAAUGCAGGCAUCCUGGAUCUUUACAGUACGUUGUGUGUGUGUGUGUGUGUGUGUGCUUGUGCGCGCGUUUGUGUGGUCGUGCCUAAUUUCCACAUUACACUACUGUUUUUUCUUUUGUGGGGCUGACAAACCUCAAAUUGUAUUUGAAUUAUUCAUCUUCAUCCACUCGUCCGUCCAUCUCUCCAUCCAUCAAUCUGUUCAUCAUCCCUGUGAUUAAUAUCUCUACGGCAAGUUUUUAAUACCAGUAUUUGUUUUCAAUAGUGUGCUGUGUGCAUAAACAAAUGCCCGAAUCAGAACUGAGAAGACAAAACCUAAUGCAAAUAAUUGAAUUCAUGCGAAGCCAUUUGGAUACCGUUUGCCAAUAAACAAACUACAUAAUUGAAAAGACUGUAAUCUUUUUUUCCCCCUUUUUUUUGUAAGUAGCCGGGGGGGGGGGGGGGGGAAUCGUUUUGGUGUUGGUUUGUCUCCAUGAUAUUUCCUUUAGGACCAGAAGGUCCCAGAGGUGGAUUUCUUCCUGAUUUUAUUGUCCCUAGGAAGCUUUAAAAACACUGCAUCUUACAUUUCCCAUGACGCUACUUUUUAGCAUCUUCCAAUUACCCACCUGGUCUGUUUUAUCUCUUCAGUCAGCAUCACUGAUGGAUGUGUUUCGUUGCACCUGUAACCGCUCUGACUAUGUUUACAUGCACCAAAUAUUCUGUUUCUUUGCCCUUACAUGGCUGAUAAAAAAAUAUUAUUCCACGAAUAUUUCAGUUUACGAGCUGUGCAUACUAUGGUUCAUGUCAAAAACAAGGGAAUACUCCCACGUUGACGCCCUACUCGGCAGCGUUUGGCGGGUCGAAGUCGUUAAUCCAAACGUGGAACGGCAUUUAGCUUCUUUGCGUCAAAUAGUUUUCUUUUUGUUUUCAAAGUUUUCCCUUAAGUGGACCGUGUCAACAAUGCCCUCUUUUUUCCUUCAACCACCUUCUUGAAAACUGUCGGCAUUUUAAAAUGUGCGCAUAUUAACAAACCUUUUUAUCAGAGUCCUUUAUCGAUUUUGUGUCUCGCAAAGUGCCCUAAAACACAUUCAGACGCACAUUUUUAAUGCUUCUGAAACCUGAAUAAUAUCGUCAUCUGCCCCAUUCAGAAUAAUCCCUAAUCCAGAAUAUUCAAACGGAAUACAAUGUUUACAUCAGCCAUAUCAUGUAAUAUAUAUUAUCACAUUUGAUAUAAUAGUGGAAUAUGAAUGUAAACGUAGUCAGUGUUGUCAUGAGAAAGGACAACUUUUAAAGCUGCCAAUAUCCAGUAUUUAAAGUGAUACAUCUCCAGUUCUGCAUCAGGCUUUAACAGACUCCUCCUGAUUAUUGCACAGCAUCUAAAUUAAGGCAUAUAGUACACGGUGUAUUGGUAUAUGAGUUGCCUGUCAGAAGUACUGUAAGAGAAACUUAGAAUGCGAUUUGAAUUCAAUCUGAGUUACAGGGCCACUGGUCCAGAUUCUUUUUGCAGGAAUUAUUCUCUUUGAAUGCGAACAGAGAAAUCUUUAAAGAAAGCCAGUUAAUGGAAGUACUACUUGUCGGAAACUGUCAAAGUAGUGUCCAAUCGCCUGUGAGCCGAAAGCCACACUUCUCUCUGAAAAGGAAUCUUAGUGAUUCUUAGAGAAAUCAACAGAGCCACUAAUCCGUUUGUGAGGAUGCAUUCACAGCAUCGCUCACCUCAAUCAAAGACUCAGAAAUCAAGUAUAGAAAACAAGCAUUCGACACAUUUGAAAUCCGGGUGCACUACUGUCCUACCUGAGUCAUACGAGAUAUUUGUUUUCUGUGUGGGGUUUGUGUUUAUUCUAGCAGUGUCUUUAUGUCUUUGGUUAAAAGGCUAUUUUGUUUUGUGCUGUGUGAGGUGUUACGAUAUUAGCAUGUGUGACUAAAUGAACUCCAAUCUUUAUUUCAUGUGUGACCACUCAGAGGAGUCCUUGGUGAGCAUUGUGGCGUGAUACACUUGUUUGUUUUACAGCAUCAUAUUCUUGCAGCAUGAUCCAAGAGGUUUUUUUUUCUUUCUUUUUUUUAUCCAGACACUGAAUUUGAUUUAUUUAUUUUCUUUGUUUUGUUUGUUUCAUUCUCACAUCAUUUUUUUUUUUAAAUAACACGUCUGUACUUCACAACAUAUCAGAUUCCACCAAAUAUAUGCCUUACUACUGUAUUAUAAAAUGCUUUACUGUGAUCAAUAAAGCACGCAGUUAUGUUGAUUUAA